AUGGGUAGAAGAGCCAAGAACAAGCAAGCCGACGUCAAGCCUUUACCUGGCAGUGUACCCGAUAAAUCAUCUACUUCGCGAAGACAACAGGCCAAAAAGAAGAAGGCUCCCUCGUCCGCUGCUUCAAAUGAUCAGAAGAGGAUCAAAGCUCAGAAAGGAUCGUUAGGUAGGAAACCUUUGCCUGCUCACAGGAGGAAGAAAGUAGAUGAAGUUGAUGAGGAUGAUAGUGAUUUGGAUGAGGCCUUACAACCUGGAGAACUGUCGGAAGAUGAGGAAGAGAUUGUUAAAGUGAAGAGUACAAAGAAAGGCAAAAAGCCUGCCUCAUCUGAUGAGGAAGAUUUCGAGGAACGUUCAGGACCUGUCAAGCAGUUGGAAUUUUCCGAUUCAGAAGGCGAAGACGAGGACCUCAAUGAUGACGGUGAAUCUCUACCUCUUGGACAACAUGCGUUCGAUCUAGACGAAGCACCUUCAGAUGAAGAUGAUGAAGAAUUAGGAGAUGAGUUUGACCUGGGAUCGGAUGACGAAGACGACGAAAUGUUAGAUGAUGAAUUUGACGAAGACGACGAGGAAGGUGAUGAAGAAGAUUCGGCAUUUGCGUCUGAUAAUGAUGAAGAUACUGAGAUGGCCGCUGCCGCCGAGGAGGGAGAUGACAAUGACGAAGAUAAUAUACAGACCAAUAUAGAAGAUGACUUGGAAGAGACAUAUACAUUACCUGCCGUUGAUAGAGGUGGUGAAGAGGAGGAAAUCGAACAUGGUACGAGUCUCAGAGAGGUAGAACAGCGAAUGAGGUGGUUGGUCGGUGUUUGUUUGGGUAAAGAUGAUAAGAUGUCGAAAGGUGUUCCGGGAAAAUCCAGAUCAGAUCACUUGCUACAGCUUCAACAUGAUAUCGCUACGUAUUUCGGAUACAACACGUUCCUGGUUGGCAAAUUGAUGAAACUCUUCCCUGCGGAUGAGGCAUUGGCAUUUUUCGAGUCCAACGAAUCUCCUCGUCCAGUGACCAUCCGAGCCAACACCCUUCGUACCCGUCGUCGUGAUUUGGCUCAAGCAUUGAUCAAUCGAGGAGUUACACUAGAACCUAUUGGUAAAUGGUCCAAAGUCGGUUUACAAGUAUUUGAAUCUCAAGUACCAAUCGGAGCUACACCAGAAUACUUAGCUGGUCAUUACAUGUUACAAGCCGCUUCAUCCUUCUUACCUGUCAUUGCCCUUUCUCCUCAACCUAAUGAAAGAGUAUUAGAUAUGGCUUCUGCCCCAGGAGGUAAAACCACCUAUAUUUCCGCUUUAUUACAAAACACCGGUAUAAUAUUUGCGAACGAUUCCAAUAAACUUCGAACAAAGAGUUUGACGGCAAACAUACACAGAAUGGGAUGUAAAAAUGUGAUUGUAUCGAAUUACGAUGCGAGAGAGUUCCCUAAAGUGAUAGGUGGUUUCGAUAGAGUGUUGUUGGAUGCUCCUUGCAGUGGAACGGGUGUUAUCUCCAAGGAUGCUAGUGUGAAGGUUAAUAAGACCGAAAGAGACUUCCAGCUCCUCGCUCAUUUGCAAAAACAACUCAUCCUCUGUGCUAUCGACUCUGUCAACCCCAACUCCUCCACUGGUGGAUAUGUUGUAUACUCGACAUGUUCAGUGACGGUCGACGAGAAUGAGUCUGUGGUGGAUUACGCAUUAAGAAAGAGACCUAACGUGAAAUUGGUAGAGACCGGAUUGGAAUUUGGUGUAGAAGGUUUCAAGAGCUUUGAAGGCAAGAAUUUCAAUCCUAGUGUUACAUUAACAAGGAGGUUCUACCCACAUAAACAUAAUAUGGAUGGAUUCUUCGUUGCCAAAUUCAAAGUUGAGAAACGUAAGAAAAACACCAAGAAUACUGCAGUUGAGGAAGAAGAUGAAAAACCGGUCAAGAAAUUGAAUGAUGAUGGUAUGAUCGUUGAGGAGGAAGUUGGAGAUAUCAGUAAAUUUGAUGAUGAAGAGGAUCAAGCAUUGAUCGAAGAGAGUAAACGCAAAGCGUUGAAGAAGAAGGGUAUAAAAGUGUCGGCCAAACCGGUCGCUUCCAAAGCUGAUAAGAAAGAAGAUAACAGUUCUUCGAACGGUCAGAUAAAAUUACCGAAGAGUAAGAAAAUGACUGAGAAGAGGAGGUCUAAAGCUUAG